CUCUCUCCCUCGGCUUUGCUGCUCCAUGCAGUUUCCCCAUUCCAGCGUCCGAUUUGCAGACACCACCACACGCGUCCGCCCCACAGCAGAGACACACCUCCCGCAGCUCUGACCUCCCGCCUCCUCCGCCUCCUCCGCCACCUUCUUCUUCCCCGAUCUCGAAGCGAGCAGAAGCCGGGGGUAAAAAAAGAUUCCAUGGAAUCGCCUCCGUCGGUGGCGGUGACGGGUUUGACUACGCGGCCUCGAGACUUGUUCCGGCGCCCGCCCAUUUUUUUAAAGCUCCCGCGAUCACCGACUGUCCGAUCCCCGCCUCCCUCGUUCCCCGCUCCUCAUUACUCUCCCUGUCGCCCUCCCAAGAUUUAACCCCGCAGCAUGCAGCUGUCUGGCAUGUCGUCUGAUUUCAAAUUAGACGCCAUCAAUCGUCACAGCUAUGAGGAUCGUGAAAUAAGCCAUUUAGAUGGAGAAGUGGGGUCAUCAGGUGCAAGAAGUAAUUUAGGAUUUGGGAUGCUAGAUGAUGCUGAAAAGCAAGGAUUGCGAUCAAUUAAUGGAGCCAUGUCCAACAAAGAACAUAGAUCAAUUAAUGUCAGGUUUUUUAGAGGGAACCAUGCAGCUAUCAGUGAAAGUAUUGGCCUCCCAAUUCAUGAUGGUGCAAAGCGCGAGAAUGGAUCAGCAAGAAGAUCUGGACCUCUGGUAUCUGGAACAGCUUACUGCAUUUCCUCUUGCAGUAUGAUAUUGCUAAACAAAAUUGCCCUAUCAAGUUAUGGCUUUACGGCUGAAAUAAGUUUGGUGUUUUAUCAAAAUUUGAUUAGUUCCGUAAUCGUAGCUGUCCUGGGUCUGUGUGGAGUAGUUUCAGUGGAAAGGCUCAACUGGAAGCUCAUUAGGGUCUGGAUCCCUGUGAAUAUUAUUUUCAUUGGCAUGCUCGUUUCAAGCAUGUAUAGUUUGAGAUAUAUAAACAUUGCAAUGGUGACAAUUUUGAAGAAUGUGACAAAUAUUAUGACAGCAAUUGGUGAAUUGUAUAUAUACCGGAAGCACCAGAACCAGAAGGUUUGGAUUGCUAUGUUUCUAAUGAUAAUCUCUGCUAUCAGUGGCGGUAUUACAGACCUCUCCUUUGAUUCAGUGGGCUAUGCAUGGCAAUUUUUAAAUUGUAUUUUGACAGCAAGUUAUUCGCUCACUCUGCGUCGGAUGAUGGACAAAGCUAAACUAUUAACAAGAUCUGGAUCUCUCAAUGAAGUCUCAAUGGUCUUGCUGAAUAAUUUACUAUCGCUACCUUUCGCCUUCUUCUUGAUCCUACUCUUUGGUGAAUGGCAGUACAUAGAAAAUACGGACAUAAUCAGAAUGCCAAUGUUUUGGGUUGUUGCGACAGCUAGUGGAUUGUUCGGACUCGCCAUCAGCUUUACCUCUGUGUGGUUUCUGCAUCAAACUGGGCCAACCACUUACAGUCUGGUGGGUUCCUUAAACAAGAUUCCCAUCUCUAUUGCCGGUCUACUGGUGUUCAAGGUUUCACUAAGCGUAUCCAAUUUUUUCAGUAUUCUAUUUGGUCUAUUUGCUGGAAUAUUUUUUGCCAGGGCCAAAAUGUCUUGAUCCCAAAAGCUAGGCACUCCAUGAAGGAAUGAAUCUCCUAAUAAAUGAACAAGCAUAGGUUCUGCACACAAAACAAGCAGAGGUUCUGCACAAAAUGACAACUUUUUCCAUGUUUCCACAACUAAAUUUUGGGGUUGCACUGAAUUCAGCGCAGUUUUUUUCCUAAGAGGUUCGGGUAUUCCGCUUCAGAAGUUGGUCGAUGGCGAGGCUGAUUAUGAUCUCCAUCGACCAGAGGCAAAAUAACAUUCUGCAUUCGUGUUGUAUCAUUGACAAUCUAGGAAAUAGCAGCAAAGUGAUUUUUUUCCCCAGAGAAUAGCUUUCCCAUGAAAUUUUGUAUCAGAACCGUGCUAAUGCGGUAUUCUUCAAUUUGACCUCACAGUGCUCUCGACUUGUCAUCAA